UGACCAUAAAAAUUCUUUCUCUGAAGGCUUAGUGCAACACUGCAACAUUUUUUUUUGCUUUGUUUUAGUUUUGAACUCCUCUGCUUCAUGCUUUGGUUCUCGGGGCCUGAAUCUUCUAUUGUCCAAGUAAAGUGUGCUUUUCUAUAAAGCAUAAAUAUUCUCACUGGAUACGGAAGUAGCUUAAUCAUGACUGCAAAGGAAAAGAAAUUUGUGAGGUUGGAUUGGAAGUCACUUUCUUCUUCAAGUAUUGAGCACAAUGAUUCUUCUAAUGAUGGAUUUCUCAAAAGAAAAGUUCGACCAAGCUUAAGUUCUCUCAUUGAUGGAUCAAUAACAAAUUCGUCUUGUCGGAGCCAUGUUCUUGAUCCACAGGGGGCAACACUUCAGAAGUGGAACAAAAUUUUUGUAAUUACAAGUGUGAUGGCAGUCUCUGUGGACCCUCUUUUCUUUUACAUCCCAAUGAUUGAUGACAAGAAACAAUGCCUUGCUUUGGAUGGAACACUGAAGAUUACUGCCAGUGUUCUCCGCACAUUCUUUGAUCUUUUCUACAUUCUUCACAUCAUCUUUCAGUUUCGAACCGGGUUUAUUGCACCUUCCUCUCGUGUAUUUGGAAGGGGUGAGCUAGUUAAUGAUCCUUGGGCCAUAGUAAUGAGAUACUUAAGCUCUUACUUCAUCAUUGAUAUUCUAUCAAUUAUUCCACUUCCUCAGAUGGUCAUUUUAGCUACGAUCUCAAUCCCAAAAUGCUCAGUUCCUUAUGUGGGAAAGGAUUUAUUGAAGUACACAAUAAUAACCCAGUACGUGCCAAGACUUCUGCGGAUUUACCCGUUAUUCAAAGAAGUAACAAGAACUUCUGGCAUAUUGACUGAGACAGCAUGGGCUGGAGCUGCUUUCAAUCUUUUUCUGUAUAUGCUAGCAAGUCAUGUUGUUGGAGCAUUCUGGUAUCUAUUUUCGGUUGAAUCAAGGUUGCGGUGCUGGCGAAGGCAGUUGAAGACUACUAUGAUCUUUCAUGAAUCCUACCUUAGCUGUGGACGUAACAAUCCCAUUGUUCUAUCGCUUCUCAAAUAUUCUUGCCCUUACACUGAUCCAGAAAGCAUAGAAAACCUGGCAACUUUCAAUUUUGGAAUGUUUGUAGAGGCUCUAAAGUCUCGCGUGGUGGAAUCAACUACAGAUUUUACUCACAAGUUCUUCUAUUGCUUUUGGUGGGGUUUGCGCAGUGUAAGUUCUGUUGGGCAAGGUCUCGAGACAAGUAGUUAUGUUGGGGAGAUAAUCUUUGCUAUCUUAAUUGCUGUCUUUGGAUUGGUUCUAUUUGCAUCACUUAUUGCAAACAUGCAGAAAUAUCUACAAUCUACCAGUGUGAGAGUUGAAGAGAUGAGAGUCAAAAGGAGGGAUGCAGAACUGUGGAUGUCCCACCGUAUGCUACCAGAUUUGCUGAAGGAAAGAAUUAGAAGGUAUGAGCAAUACAAAUGGCAAGAAAAUAAGGGUGCUGAAGAGGAGACAUUGAUUCGCAACCUCCCUAAAGAUCUCAGAAGGGAUAUCAAGCGUCAUCUUUGCUUAGAACUACUUAGAAAAGUACCAAUGUUUGAGGACAUGGAUAAUCAGUUGUUGGAUGCACUGUGUGACAGACUGAAGCCAGUUCUUUACACAGAGAAAAGUUACAUAGUUCGUGAAGGGGAUCCAGUUGAUGAAAUGCUGUUCAUAAUGCGGGGAAAACUAGCUACUGCCACAACAAAUGGUGGAAGAACUGGUUUCUUCAACUCCUUUGAGAUCAAGGCUGGUGACUUCUGUGGAGAAGAGCUUCUAACAUGGGCAUUGGACCCCAACUCAUCCUCAAAUCUACCCAUUUCAACUAGAACUGUGCAAACUAUAUCAACAGUUGAAGCCUUUGCUCUCAUGUCUGAUGACUUGAUGUUUGUUGCUUCCCAAUUUCGACGGCUUUUAAACAGCAAACAACUUCAGCACACUUUCAGGUUCUAUUCCCUGCAAUGGAGGACAUGGGCUGCACGCUUCUUACAAGCAGCUUGGCGCAGAUACCGAAAAAGGAAGGAGAGCACGACACAUCGUUCAUUCACUGAUCUCUCGUACAGGUUCUAUUCCCCGCGAUGGAGGAAAUGGGCAGCAUGUUUCAUUCAAGCAUCUUGGCGCAGAUACAAGAAAAAGUAGGCUGAGAGGUUAUCACGUGAAGAAGCAGAAGAAAGGAUAAAAGCUUUGGAAAAUGAUGAAGGGUCCUCACCUAGCUUUGUUGCCACCGUAUAUACAGCUAAGUUUGCAUCAAAUGCAUUGCGCCACUUGCCAAGUGGUAAACGUAAUAACAGAGUGCCAAAGCCACGGAGAUUGCUACCCCUUAUGCCUCAGAAGCCUGCUGAACCAGAUUUCACUGCUCAGAAAAAUCACUGAUCAACCCUAGUUUUAAGUAAAUUAAUUGCAAGUUUAUAACACUGAACUUGAAAAAUUUCACAUCUCCUUAGCAAUUGUUUGUGCAUAAGUUACUGCGUAAAAAAGUGGUGAUUUCAGGAUUCCCACGACUGUGCAUAUAUAUGUAGACACGGCAGUGUGUAAAAAUAUAAUAAUUGGUUGUUUGGA